GUGUAGGUUUUAUUCUAGGUAGGUAUUAUUUUCUAUUCUAUUUGGAAAGAAGGAUAGAAAAUAAUUUAAAUUCUUUUGGCAGGAAUGGAACUUAUUGGUCCUGAAAGACGCGCUCUUGGCUCAUUCAUCCUUAGUAUAGCCUUCACUCUAAGCCUGAUGCUUUUAGGCUUUGAAGCUUUGUUAACUAAAGAAUGGAGACUACUAACGAGGGUUGCUUUUGCACCAUCGUUUCUCAUUUUUACCUACCGAUGGCUCAUACCUGAGAGCACAAGGUGGCUUGUCAACAAAAAUCGUGUUGAGGAAGCAGCACGGAUUAUAGAUCUAGCUGCAAAGUAUAACGAAAGCUUACUCACAGUUGAGGCCAAAAGUAUGCUAAGUCAAGCAAUCAAAGGUGAUCCACUCAUAGGACUUACAGAUGAAAAUAACGAGAAGAAAGUUGGAGGCUAUCGUCUGAUGUCAGCCUUCAAGUCCUGUACCCUUAUGCUGCGGAUUGUUAACUGCUCCUUCGCCUGGGCAGCAUUGGCUUUCGUCUAUGCUGGACUAACUAUGUAUUCAGUUAGUCUAGCUGGUGAUAAGUACAUCAAUUUCAUCCUGAAUUGUUUCAUCGAAAUUCCUGGAGCUUUUAUCUGCUACCUGCUGAUGGAUCGGAUUGGAAGACGAAAGCUUAUGAGUCUAAGUCUUCUCGUAACUGGGAUAUCCUGUAUUGCCUAUAUCCUGCUAACAGAUGUUUCUGUUAAUGCUCAAAUUGCAGCCACACUCAUUGGGAAGUCAACCGUAACCAUGUCUUUCAUCACAAUUUACGUUUACGUAGCUGAACUCUUUCCAACGGAGCUCCGACAAACUCUGCUUUCCACCUGUGCUAUCUUUGGACGUGCAGGAGCCAUUAUGGCGCCAUUUACAAUAUUUCUUGGAAAAUACAUGGAAUCUAUGGAAAUGAUCCUGUUUGCUUCAAUGACGAUCCCUGCGGGAAUUUUUAUUCUCUUCGCACCUGAAACUCUAAAUCAACCACUACCGGAUACAAUCCAAGAAGCUGAAAAUAUUGGCAAAAAGUUUUAUAAUUAA